UUACUGUAUUUAGAAAUUAUUUAUGUAAUUUUUUUUUCUCCUCAGCGCAUUGUUCGCUUCGUCAGCAACACCGGAAGGCCAGAUUACUUAGGGAGCAAGUCGCAAUCAACACAAAUCAUCGGCUGAGCAAAAUGGAAAACACAGAUUAGACAAAGACUGACAAAAAACCAAGUUGAUUAAGAAAAAAAAGACAGAAAUUAAAGAGAAUGUCAGGUAAAGGAAGAGCUUGGUCCGAUACGACGCCGCUUCUCCGCCAACUACAACAACCUCAUCCAAAAAUCCGUUCCCCAUCCUCUCCCUCCGCCUUUUCCCACAGCAUCUCAUCCCCUUUAUUCCUUGAAAUGGCCGCCGCUAUCUCCUCCUCCUCCGCUUCCCCUCGCUCCGUCUUCCUCGGCGUCGACGUUGGCACCGGCAGCGCCCGCGCUGGUCUCUUUGAUGAGAAAGGGAAGCUUCUCGGAUCUGCUAGUAGCCCAAUACAAAUAUGGAAAGAAGGUGACUGCAUUGAGCAAUCUUCAACCGACAUCUGGCAUGCAAUCUGUUCAGCUGUGAAAUCAGCAUGCACUCUUGCAAACAUUGAAGGGGAAGAGGUGAAGGGCAUCGGAUUUGCAGCUACUUGUUCUCUUGUUGCUGUGGAUGCAGAUGGCUCUCCUGUCACAGUUUCUCAUAGUGGUGAUUCGAGGAGAAAUAUUAUAGUUUGGAUGGACCAUAGAGCUGCGAAACAAGCUGAGAAGAUUAAUUCUCGUAACUCACCGGUGUUACAAUACUGUGGUGGAUCUGUUUCACCAGAGAUGCAGCCACCAAAGCUUUUAUGGGUGAAAGAAAAUUUGCAAGAGUCUUGGGCAAUGGUAUUUAGGUGGAUGGACUUGAGCGAUUGGUUGUCAUACAGAGCAACAGGAGAUGAUACACGAAGUCUAUGCACCACAGUAUGCAAAUGGACAUAUCUUGGUCAUGCACACAUGCAACAGAUGAAUGAGAAAGAUUCUCGAGACAUGGAAGCUUGCGGAUGGGAUGAUGAUUUUUGGGAGGAGAUUGGCUUAGGUGAUCUUAUUGAAGGCCAUCAUGCUAAGAUUGGGCGAAGUGUAGCUUUUCCUGGUCAUGCUUUGGGUUCUGGGCUUACUCCUAGUGCUGCAAAGGAACUGGGUCUGCUAGCUGGAACACCUGUGGGGACAUCGCUGAUUGAUGCUCAUGCUGGGGGGGUGGGGGUAAUGGAAAGCCUACCCGAGACAAAUUCUGAACCUGAAGAGAAUGAUAAUGAAGCUAUAUGCCAUCGUAUGGUGCUGGUCUGUGGGACUUCUACUUGUCAUAUGGCUGUAUCACGGGACAAGCUGUUUAUUCCUGGGGUCUGGGGACCAUUUUGGUCAGCAAUGAUACCCGAGUACUGGCUAACAGAAGGGGGGCAGAGUGCUACUGGUGCAUUAUUGGAUUACAUAAUUGAAAACCAUGUUGCUUCUCCUCGACUUGCAAAUCGUGCUGCCUCUCAAAAAAUUUCCCUUUUUCUGCUACUGAACAAUAUGUUAGAAUCAUUGAUGCGUGAGAUGCAGUGUCCAUUUAUUGCUGCUUUGACUGAAGAUAUACAUGUUCUUCCUGACUACCAUGGAAAUAGAUGGCACAGGUCUCCCAUUGCAGAUCCAAAAGCAAAAGGAGUAGUUUUUGGAUUGACUCUUGACACUAGUGAGAAACAGUUGGCUCGUAUAUACCUUGCCACGAUGCAGGCUAUUGCGUAUGGUACACGUCACAUUGUGGAGCAUUGCAAUGCCAAUGGUCAUAAGAUUGACACAUUACUUGCUUGCGGUGGCCUCUCAAAAAAUGCCCUUUUCAUUCAAGAACAUGCAGAUAUUAUUGGUUGCCCUAUUAUACUUCCACGUGAAAGUGAGUCGGUUCUCUUGGGGGCUGCUAUUCUUGGUGCAGUUGCUGCAAAGAAGUAUACUUGUCUCAGUGAGGCCAUGAAAGCACUCAAUGCAGCUGGUCAGGUCAUUCAUCCAUCAAAAGAUCCAAGGGUGAAGAAGUACCACGAUGCCAAAUACCGUAUUUUCCGUGAACUUUACGAGCAGCAGCUGUCACAGCGCUCAAUUAUGGCUCAAGCUUUGGCAUAGUUAAUUUGCUACUUGGUUGCAACUCGUGAACUUCAAUUGUGGCUUUUGGUUCUAACAAAAUGGCUGCAUGUUAAAUAAGUGGGAUAGUGUAAAAGUUACUGGAUUACUUGUAAAGAUCCACUGUAAAUCAUUGGUUUUGUUUUUGCAUGUGAAGAUUAGUACAGACAAGAGGGCCCCGAAUUCCUUCAGCUUCCUCUUGGUCGUUGCAAUGUUCAUUCUCCGCUAAGUGGAAGCUGAAUGCUUAAUAAUUCAUAUAUGAUAUUCU